CUUCAGUCGCAUUAACUUUCUACAAGAAUUACUCCAGUAUAAUAGUUAGACUUGUCCCCCUUGAGAAAUUACCCCCAGUCUCCCAGCUACGCAUUGGCAAAAUGCUUCCCAACCUACUCCGCACCCUAGGAGCCCUGCUCCUACUGGUAUCCGUCGCCCACGCCCAGUUCCAAUUCUUCGAGCAAAUGUUUGGCGGUGGCGGCGGCCGUCAGGAACAGCAGCGUGCUUCUCAGAAUGUUCCCAGCGACAGCUCGCGAUACCAAAGCAUGUGGGAAGGAUCACGAUGUGAUAAAUACCUCUGCCCUGGCACACUGGCUUGUGUCCAUUUCCCGCACCACUGUCCGUGUCCGCAUUCCGAUGUUGAGGAGAAGGUGGAGUUGGGUGAGGGGAGCGCUGUUUGUGUCUCGAAGGGGGGUUAUAAGCCUGGGGAGGCGGCGCGGAAGAUUGAACUGGCUAGGAAGGGGUUGCUAUAAUUGUUUGAAUCAGUCCAUGCGUGGUCAAGGGGUGGUCAAUUGGUGUCUGAGAUCCAGUGGUUAUGGUUGUGCUCUAUAUCCAGUCAAGGUCAGCAUGGCGUGUG